AUGGCGAGAUCUGCAGCGGAUAAAUCGAGAAAACAGGAGAAGAGCAUUCUGAAGCUGAACAGAAAAACGUCCAGCAACUGGUUUGAAAGUCAGGUGUAUGCAAACCUGCCUGCUAUCAUAGUCGAGAUGUUGAUGUUUCUCAACUUGAAGAAUCCUCAGCACCUCGAUCAUAUCAACAGAGCAGAGUAUCGACGCGCGAUCAACUCCACGCUAGUGAUGGGAAGUUCAGGAAGCCUUGAAGGUAUACCAGAAGAAAGCUGCACCUUCAAGGGAAAGUUCAAGCUCAAGUUCGACCUUUACUUUCGAGCUCGAUCCAACUCCUCCAACUCCUCGAGAGUUUCUUUGAGAGAUGUGCUGAGAAGCUUGGUAGACUCGGAAGAUGCCGACGACGGAGUCCCCCAGGUCAUAGCGCUACAUUCAUACGACGACGACAAGGUCGCUGACGCCAGAGACGAGCUCGAAGGUCUCUUGCUCUCCGAGAACGCUCUCAUCCAUUUCGAGAUCACAGAAGAACCGUCUUGUAUGGUACGAAAGCUGUGGCAGCUUGAGGUAGGUUUGGCACUCAAAGCCCAGACAGUGUGGUCAACACAAGGCUCAGAGUGCGGUGACAGCAAGCUGCUGGCAAUGGGCAUAAUAGUCGGAGGAGAGAAGGAGGCUUUCGUCAAGAACGCUACUCAUAUCGCAAGGCGCUGGAAAUCUGCUAGGGAGGCUGACAUCUUGUUGGCGAAGAGCGGAGUACCAGUCUUCUUUUGUUACGCUGCGCCUCAAAGCGUCCACAGCAUGUUCAACAGUUUGAGGAUGGACCUCAAGGAGCUUCGUGAGGACAACGAGGACAAACACAUGGCGCACCAAAAGGAGAUCCAGGCUCUUAAGGAGAACAUGGACGGGCUCAAGCAGACUGUGCAGACAGUCGAGCGCAAGAUGGACGAAGGGUUCUCGGAGCACCAAAAGGAGAUCCAGGCUCUUAAGGAGAACAUGGACGGGCUCAAGGAGAACAUGGACGGGCUCAAGGAGACUGUGCAGACAGUCGAGCGCAAGAUGGACGAAGGGUUCUCGGAGCACCAAAAGGAGAUCCAGGCUCUUAAGGAGAACAUGGACGGGCUCAAGGAGAACAUGGACGGGCUCAAGCAGACUGUGGACGGGCUCAAGCAGACUGUGCAGACAGUCGAGCGCAAGAUGGACGAAGGGUUCUCGGUGUGUAUCAGGGCCCUGAGAGGGGUGUCACUGUACUGA